AUGGAUCAAGUAGAAGAACUUGCUGCAAGCAGAAGGAAAAGCUUCCUCUCCCUGGAGAAGAAAAAGAGCAAAGGCUGGAGAAGCUUGGUGGGAUUUUUGUGCCUGUUCCCUGUGGUGGCUUUGCUGGUGCUUGUAGGAAAUCCAAGUGGAGCUGCACUGCAGGAAAGUCAGGAAGAAGUCACAUCACCAAGACUGCAUGGGGUGAGUUCCUCUGCCUGGCACAGUCCAGCGCGGCCUCGGCGCCGGCGAUACACCAUCACCCCAGGACACCUGAAGUGGGACCACUUCAACCUGACGUACAAGAUCCUGAGCUUCCCGAGGAACCUGCUGAGCGCCAGGGCCACGCGCAGGGGCCUGGCGACCGCGUUCCGCAUGUGGAGUGAGGUGUCCCCCUUCAGCUUCAGGGAGGUGCCACGACACCUGCCCAGUGACCUCAAGAUAGGUUUCUACUCCAUCAACCACACAGACUGCCUGGAGUCUCUCACCCACCACUGCUUUGAUGGCACCACGGGGGAACUGGCCCAUGCCUUCUUCCCUCCCAACGGCGAAAUCCACUUCGACGACCAUGAAUAUUGGAUCCUGGGGAACACUCGGUUCAGCUGGAAGAAAGGUGUUUGGCUGACAGACCUGGUCCACGUGGCAGCACAUGAAAUUGGACAUGCCCUGGGGCUGAUGCACUCCCUGAACCCCAACGCCCUCAUGCACAUCAAUGCCACCCUGACUGGGAAGAAAACCAUUUCCCAGGAUGAAGUGUGGGGAAUCCACAGGCUUUAUGGCUGCAGAGACAGAUUGUUUCUGUGCCCGUCGUGGGCAAAGAAAGGAUUCUGCGAGAAGCGCAGGAGGCUGAUGAAGAAACACUGUCCAUCCACCUGUGACUUCUGCUAUGAAUUCCCCUUUCCAACAGUGCCCCCAACUCUGCCCCCACCAAGGACCAAGACCAAGACAGUGUCUGAGGGCAGGAACGUCACCUUCCGCUGUGGGCAGAAGAUCAUCCAUAAGAAAGGCAAAGUCUACUGGUAUAAAGAUAAGGAGCUCCUGGAAUAUUCCUACCCAGGUUAUUUAGCCUUAAAUGAAGAUCACAUGAGCAUCAUUGCAAAUGCAAUUAAUGAAGGGACUUACACUUGUAUAGUGAAGAAAAAGGAAAGGAUCUUGACUACUUAUUCCUGGAGGAUCAGACUGAAGCACUGA